UAUUUGUUAAUUCAGAAAUAUACACAGUACAUUGAUGACGUGGUCUCAAAUUUCAGAUGUUCUUUGUCCUGGUAAAGUGUUCCAAGAUCCAACUGAUUCAGGCCCCUUCUCAACAAGAAAUGCUAAAAAUGCUCAUCUAAGUGCAUGUUAGCUAAGUUCAAAAGCUUAAUAAGUUUACAUGUCAAAAUAAGUAACAGCAUAUAGUUUUAAGAAGAAAAGAAUAAGCUAUAAGCAAGUUUGAUGUACUUUUAAGCUUUGAAAACAUGCUCUAAACAACAAUCAAGAACCCUGCAGCUUGCCUGCCAUAUUUCAGCUUCAUUCACCACGAAAUUUGAUCAAUCAAUCCCCUUGCAAUUUUUGUUUCUCCAGCAAAUUAUUUCUUUCCAGAUUAACUCAUAAAUCUCCUCAAUCCAAGAAAAGAAUUCAUUCACUGAAAUUUGCUAGCAGAAAAUUGAUGCUGAAGAGUUUGUAAUGAUGAGAAAGAUUUACCAUUGGCAUCAUUUUUCUGGGACAAACACGUAUUACUUGUUCACCAUCUUUUUUGUUCUCUUCAGCAUCUCCACUCCCCAUCAGCUAUCGGCUUCGACUGGCAGUCACUCUGCUGGCAUUGACGAUACUCCCGUUUAUCAAAGACGACGAGUUUUGUCAUACAAUGGAGACUCUCUAGCAAUCAACCCGUCCCUCAAAUUUGAGAAUCCAAGAUUGGAGAAUGCUUACAUUGCAUUACAAUCUUGGAAAGAAGCCAUAAUCUCUGAUCCAAAAAACAUAACAGGCAACUGGAUCGGACAUAAAGUGUGUAACUAUACUGGUGUGUUUUGUUGGCCUGCACCAGAUGAUCCCUCUCAACUUACGGUUGCUGGUAUAGAUAUCAACCAUGCUGACAUUGCUGGGAACCUCCCACAUGAAUUGGGGCUGCUCUAUGACAUUACCCUGUUUCACAUAAACUCUAACAGAUUCUGUGGUGUGAUUCCGCAGAGUUUCUUGAAUCUGAGGCUCCUGUAUGAGGUUGAUCUUAGCAACAAUCAUUUUGCAGGCAAGUUUCCUGAAAUUCUAUUACAAUUGCCAAGUUUAAAGUAUCUGGACAUUCGAUUCAAUGAAUAUGAAGGUGAAAUUCCCAGGGAACUAUUUGAAAGAGAAUUUGAUGCAAUUUUCAUCAAUAACAAUAGAUUUUCUUCUGAAUUGCCUGACAAUAUUGGCAAGUCAACAGUGUCUGUGAUUGUUCUGGCUAACAAUGAAUUUCAAGGAUGCCUGCCAGCGAGUUUAGGGAAUAUGGCAGGAAGAUUAAAUGAAUUGGUUCUCACAAAUAAUGGGCUCAGUUCAUGUUUUCCUAGUGAAAUUGGAAAGCUAAAGAAUUUGACUGUGUUGGAUCUUAGCCAUAACCAAAUUAUGGGUUCAUUACCUGAAAGUAUGAAGGAUAUGGUAAACUUGGAGCAGCUGAAUUUGGCUCAUAAUAUGUUGUCUGGGAAGAUAUCCAAUGCGAUAUGUUCACUUCCAAAGUUAAAGAAUUUCGGGUACGAGUACAAUUUUUUCUCAGAUGAAGUACCAGAUUGUUUGAAGCUGCCUGAAUUUAAUGACAGAAGGAAUUGUUUUAGAGGGAGACCAGAGCAGAGAUCCAUGUUGCAGUGUCAGAGGUUCUUGUCUAGGAGGAUUAAUUGUGGCAGUUUUGAAUGUGCUACCUUUCCUCCACCACCACCGAUUUAUUCCCCUCCUUCCCCCUCACCACCAUCAGCAGCUUCACCUCCACCUCCUCCGCAGAUACCUUCCCCACCACCUCCUUCCUCAGCCCCACCAUCUUUGGCACCCCCACCACUACUCUCUUCUCCACCUCCACCCCUGAUUUCACCGGCUCCACCUUCACCAACUCCACACAAUAACAGUUCACCACCUCCUCCACCAACACCUCCACUGCCACCGCCUAUCUUCUCUCCACCUCCCCCAUCCCCAACACCGCCAUGUCCAUGCAUGCAACCUCCAGCACCAUCAUUGCCCUCAUCGUGCAUGGGACAAAUGCAGACACCACCAAUCCAAUAGUUUCCAUUCCUCCAUCUCUUUAGUGCACAUCAAACAAAUAAAAAGACGAGAUCUCUUUUGAAGAAUUGAAAUUAUUGGCCUCGGUUUGAUGUCGUUCAAGGGCUUACCAAGAAUCUAACUCUUCAAACAAAACAAAAAAGGAAAUCUACUGGCAUCAAUCUUGCAGUCAGUGAUGUGAUUUCAACAGGGGAAUUCACUGCUGCAGGUGCAUGGAUGGAAAGGUUAUAAACCAAUAUAACAUAAGCAAUGAUGUUUAAUGUUGAGUGCAAAAGGGGUCAGAUUUCACAGUUACAAUAUCUUUCAAAUCAUUCAAAGCAGUUCUCUUUCUUGAUUAGUGCAAUUAUAUCUUUCAAAUAAUUUGCAUUACUUUUCCUGAUUGGUGGUGGGAUGUCACCAUAGUACAUUAAGAGUGAUUCAUGUCACUUAAAUAUGCAAAUAACAAUCAGCUUGGCUAUUUCGUCUGAUCCAAGUAUCCGAGUCCAAAAAACUCAAUGUGUGGAAUAGAAAAUAUAUCAAACACUUGAACUGCAAUUGUAUAUUUCUGCUAAAUCAAACAAGCCUAGUAGAAAAAGGGAAAAUUAUAAACAUCUCUGCAGGGAAACUAAAACCCAAUAUUCCAUCACAAUCAAAUGUUUUUUGGUUCAAGCGUAUAUACAUAUCAAAUAAAGUCAGCCGAUUGAAAUAAAAUAGUGAGAACAUUCUAUAUCAAUAUGAAAUACCUGUUAGAAGAUUAGUGUGGACCUGUGUAUGAAUUAGCAUUGAAAUUUGAAACAUUUGUCUUCAUAAUAUUUUGCUGCGUCAAGUGACGGAUGGGAAUUUUUGUAAGAAGCCUAUUCUGAUGGACGUUAGGGAAAUAUGGCCCUGUUUAUUUAAUGCAAAAACGUAUUCUAUUUGCUAAAAAUUCAAUCGUAACCUUUUAAUGAUAAACGCUUCUCCCUCACCUUUCCACCCUUUGGACUUUACCAACAUUGAUCCACGCUCGAGCAUGAUUUCCGGCACUUUAAAUACAAAAUAUUCUUUAUUUUUAAGUGUUAAUGUUUAAAAGUAACGUCUAAGGGACUCAAUUUUAACUUUUUAAGAUAAAUCAGAGGCCUUUUUC